AGGCUCUACUGUUAUUCGUCGUAUUUCGUAUUUGACAUUUCGCCUUCUGCGAAUCUUUUAGAUUAUCUCAUUUCUCUUUGCUAGCGACAGUAGUGAUUGUCAAAAGUGUGAUAAUUAUUAUUUAUAGUUAUCAAUAUAUUUUUUUAUUCGUCUACAAAUUGCUCUCAUGCUUUGACGGAACGCUUUUUAAGGUUAACUUCUAGACUUUUUUUAUUACUGGCUGAAACUCGCAUAACUGGAUGAACAUAGUUUUCAAGUAUACUGCCUAAUGGAUCCAGAAAGCAGCAAACCACACUCUAUAGAUCAAUCUCGAAAAAUGAGAAAUUUAGCAUCUUUUUCUACUAUGGAUACGUUCAAUACGGAACUUCCAGCAGAUUCCGUUGAAUGGUGUCCCAUCGAACCCUUCCAAAAUGUAUUUGCAUGUGGAACAUACAAGUUAAUUGAAGAUGAGGAAAAAGACAUUAAAGAACAGAACAAAACGUGUGAACGAAUAGGGCGAAUUUACUUAUUCUGUGUAGUCGGGCAAACGGACAACAACGAAAACAAAAAGUUAUUAUUACUACAACAAUUAGAAAGCCCAGGUGUGCUAGAUAUGAAAUGGACGGAAUGCAAGAAUAGCAAGCAAAUACUACUCGCCGUUGCUACUUCCAUAGGAGAUUUACAGCUUUUUCAAUUAAAAGUCAUAGAGGAUGCAACGAAAUUAGUGUUAAUUGCACAGGAAAAAGUAUGUGACGGCUUGGCACUUUCUUUAGAUUGGUCCAUUGGAACAUCCUUAUCUAGUAGUCAUCAAACGAUUCCACAUAUCGCUGUGAGCGAUUCUCAGGGGCAGAUAUCUCACUUUACCUAUCACUGCGACACAAACAAUUUGACGAGUAACUUUACGUGUCGUGCUCACAAGUUUGAGGCGUGGAUUGUGGCCUUCGAUUAUUGGGACGAAAAUGUCUUUUACUCUGGAGGUGACGACCACACGUUUCAAAGCUUUGAUGCCAGGAUAGGACCAAAAUCUGUGAUGUGUAAUAAAUUUCAUAAUGCUGGUGUGACCAGCAUCCAGAGUAACGUCGGCAAACCAUUCGUACUCGCAACUGGCAGUUACGACGAGUUUCUGCGAUUGUGGGACAAGAGGAAUUUGCGUGCACCCCUAUCGAGGUGCUGCAUCAAUAGUGGAAUUUGGCGUUUGAAGUGGGACUUUGUUACGCAUAAUUUUCUACUUGCCGCGUGCAUGUACGAUGGUUUCAAGAUUGUUGAUUGUAGCCACGAAACCAUGGAACCAUGUAUCAUCUCCAAUUACAGAGAGCACGAUAGCUUAGCCUAUGGUUGCGAUUGGUCAUUUCUUCCAAAGAAAGAUCUACUUGAUUUGGACAUACAUAUGGGAGAUGCUCUCGUAGGUACUUGCUCUUUCAAAGAUUGCGCUUUGAAAUUAUCCUCCGUUCAAUUUACGAUGGUUGACGAACAGACCAGUGUAUAAUAAGGUAUUAAACAAAUAUAUAGAAAUUUUAUAAAAAUAUAUAUUCCUAUAUAUCGAA